AUGACGGCUGCGUGCCUGCAGAGCGCGGGCAAGGCCAGCUGCGGCGACUUCGGCGGCAAGGCGGCCGUCACCUCUUCCGGCGGCGGCUCCCCGGAGGCGGAGGACUGUGGCCGCGCCAGAGCCGCCGCCGCCAAGGACGCGCCGGAGGCGGCGGGGGCGGCGCCCGUGCACCCGAAGCUGGCGGCGGCGGGCGCCGCGCUCGAGAUGAAGCCGCUGUGGGACGAGUUCCACGAGCUGGGCACCGAGAUGAUCGUCACCAAGGCCGGCAGGCGGAUGUUCCCGACGUUCCAGGUGCGGCUGUUCGGGCUGGACCCCUCCGCCGACUACAUGCUCAUGAUGGACUUCGUGCCGGUCGACGACAAGCGCUACCGAUACGCCUUCCACAGUUCCAGCUGGGUGGUGGCGGGCAAGGCGGACCCGGUGUCGCCGCCCAGGAUCCACGUCCACCCGGACAGCCCCGCGUCCGGCGCCCAGUGGAUGAAGCAGGUGGUCAGCUUCGACAAGCUCAAGCUCACCAACAACCAGCUGGACGACAACGGCCACAUAAUCCUGAACUCGAUGCACCGCUACCAACCCCGCUUCCACGUGCUGUACCUGCCGGCCAAGGGUGAGCCGCCCAGCCACGGCCGCACCGAGGACUUCAAGACCUUCAUCUUCCCGGAGACCAGCUUCACCGCCGUCACCGCCUACCAGAACCACCGGAUAACGCAGCUCAAGAUCGCCAGCAACCCGUUCGCGAAAGGAUUCCGGGACUGCGAUCCGGACGACUGCGGCGUGGAGGUGCUGAACCAGCUGCAGCUGGGGGCGGCACAGCAGCGGCUGGCUGUGAGGGCGGCGCCGCCCACGGGAGCACAGGGCCACUUCUCGCUCAAGGAGGGCGGCAGGCACGCCUCGGGCUCCUGGACGUUCCGCCUGUACCGAGGGCAGCAGCAGCAGCAGCAGCGGCGGCUGGUGGCUGGCAGCGCCUCGCCGUGUGCGGUCCUCCUCUGGGCUCCCCCUUUGUGGCGCCGGCCAGAGCGGACGUUAAGAGCCGGGGAGCAGCUGUCCGCUUUACGAGUGCCGCUCAGCGCACCAGCCAGACAGCCGGCCACCCGGGGCCGCGUAGCGCCCGGGUCGCCUCGCGAUACCGCACACACCCGCCGCUUUUUCUCUUCUUUAAUUCGCUCUGUUGACUGA